GGGCCCGACAGCAAGCUAGCGUUCGCCCGUGCUAACGUUCCACGCUUCUUCUUGGUGCAGGGCCACCCAACUGUGCCACGAUGGACGAACAGUCAUACCGUUACGUUGAAGGCCUAUGGAUGCACAAGCUAUUCAAGGAUGAAGCUAUCCUCUCCGCAAUGAACUACAAACCACGGAAAGGAGACGUACUUGUUGUUACGUACCCAAAAUGUGGCACCAACUGGACGCAGUUUAUCGUUUACAACAUUUUAUCACAUGCGGCGCCAGUCUCCAACAUUGGGGAGUUCAGAAUGACGUGCCCGUUUAUCGAUAUGACUGGAGCAAGUUCUGCAGAGAACCCGGUGAGAAAUGGCCCCAUUAUCACGCACUUGCCGUUCAACGUAUUACGCCCUGUCGACUGUGCCAAGUACAUCUACGUAACCAGGAACCCUUAUGACUGUGCCGUGUCCUUCUACCACUUCAUGAAGGGGCUGACUCCGAAAACUGUCACCGAUGUUUCCUUUGAGAAGUUCCUCAGCCUCUACCUGGAAGGAAAGGUCCUCUACGGCGACUACUUCAAUCAUCUUCUGCCAUGGUAUGAGCAUCGAGGAGCAGAAAAUAUUCUCUUCAUCACAUAUGAACAACUGAAGGCGGACACGAGGUCACAAGUGCUUAAAAUAGCCAAUUUUCUUGGCGAAGAAUACGAAACUGCGUUGCGUAAAGACGAUGACCUUCUUCAGAGAGUCCUCCACGCCUGCAGUCUGGAAAGCAUGAAGGCUAUCUUCGGUGUAAACCCAGUGGACAUGGCAAAGAUGAGGCUUAAAGCUUCAUCGGAGGAGUCAGAGACGUUCGCAGUGAUGAAGGACGUGGCCGAGCUAAAGGGGGAAAUGCAUGAGGGCUCCGGUUUUGUUCGCAAGGGAAUAGUCGGCGAUUGGCGAAACUAUUUUACGGCAGAGCAGGUAGAGCGUACGAAACAAUGGAUCAGGCAAAAGACCCAGGGUAGCGACGUCAUGGAAUUAUGGGAAGACUGUGAUCUCCCUUGAGGAAAUGCAGUGUAAUAUGCAUAAUAUGGCGCAGACGCAUGACCUUACACACAUAUGUGAUCAGGAUUAUAAUGUGCACUUUUAGCUGUAUAUUCGUUCAAUAAAAGCAAAAUAGCCUACUGAGUGUAAUGGUGUUUGUACUGUUAUAUCCACCUGACAUUCACUUGGUACACCCACGUUUUCAAGCCAGCACCUCUAAAAACGAAGCCUCUGGUAAAACCAUUGCGGCUUUUCUGACUUGUGCAUUCUUGGUAUAAUAUUUGAUCUUGCUAUGUAAGCAGCUUCAUGAGGUCAUGCAUGCAGCUUAUUUUUAUUGCUUCGUCUACAGUGUAGAACAAUGUGCAAAAAUUGUUGCGUACGAAAAUAAAUAUUUGGGGUGUGAA